UCUCUCGCAAAAACGGAAAUUACUACACGAAAAGAUCGCCAUUUUUCUAGUUCAAUACGGAAUUUUCGCCAAUCUCAGUUUCACCGUGCUUUUCAUUUCGGUCUACUUGAUGAAACCAGGAUCUGCCCAGUAUCUCUACAGCGCUUGGUCGGACGAAGGAAAAUCCGACAUGGCCAAUAUCACAGUAUUCUUCAUAUUCUUCACUUUUGAAGUGUACACAAAAAUCGUCAACGUCUUGCAGUACUUCUGGUUGCAAACGUGGUUCCUGUUUUCCGUGGCGUACACAACCAUUGGAAUUUAUACGUUGAGCAAUUCGACAAAUCCCCGUGUCACCUACUACCGCUGUCUCUCCCUCAUCAAUUUUCAGCACAACAAUUGCUACCCAAUAAACAAUUCUUCGGUUAAAUACACGUUCAACGGUGUUUGCAUAAUUUCGUCGGGAUUCGUCCUGACCCGACUUUUUGACCGGAUCACCUUGCCCGAACAGGUCAUCAUCGUCGCCUUGGUUUUCUCCAUAAUGGCCACGACCUUUCUCUAUCUGCACAUUUCUGGCCAGGUUUCGCACAAGAGUGGAGCACUUUGCGUAAAAUUGGCCACCCACGUGGACCUCUCACUUUCUCCGGGAGAUAAGAAGUUACGAAACAGGGAAGUGAAAUCAAUCCGACCUUUCGGAAUUCGCGUGGGAAAUAUUCGAUCGAUGAGCUAUAACGCAUUGAACGACUACUUUGUCCAAUUAUCGAGUGUAUUUUUGACCUUGUUAGUCACAUUUCCCGUGUAAGUGAUGGAGGUCAGGUAGAAAUAAAGUAAAACGAAGCAAUGGAUAUAGUUAAGUAAAAUUAGCUAAGUAUUGACACAUAACCAUAUGAUUAAGUCAUUGGAUGUAACA